AUGGGCCCCUUGAUUCGAUUUCUCAGUCGGGGGCAGCUCCCCGAUGACCGAGCUGAAUCGAGAAAGCUUCAGCGUAAAGCAGCCCGGUACGCCCUCCGACAGAAUCUCUUGUACAAGAGAUCCUACCUCGGCCCGUGGCUGCGGUGUAUUACAUCAGAAAAGGGCGAAAGGAUCCUUCAAGAUAUACACGAAGGACUUUGUGGUACUCACGUCGGCUAUAGGAUGUUUGUCAAAAAGGCUUUGUUGCUUGAGUAUUUCUGGCCCACCAUGAAGAUAGAUACCCAGAUCAUAGUCCUUAGCUGUCCCUCUUGCCAGCACCGCGCCCCUGAGCACCACCAGCCGACCAACUUCAUGAUCCCCAUCACCUCGCCGUGGCCGUUUGAACAAUAG